AUGUGGAUGAGCUCCCGAAGCAUCCCUGGAGCUGAACUCACCCGGGGUGGGAGGAGGAGGAGGAGGGAAAAAAAGGACAUGGCAUGCCUGAAGGCACCAUGCAAUCGUGUAUGUGGGACAAGGCAGUCAUCUAGUACCAUCAUGUCCUGCAGGCCUCAGAGCAACCAGGUAGCAGAGGUGUCUCAGGAGCACAAGGUGUUCAUGGAGGAAGCCUACAGUGCAGCCACCUGCUUCAAGCUGCUUCGGGACCUGAAUAACUCAGACCCACUUUACCUCAAGUACAUCAUCAAUAAGAUCAAGAACAUGGCCCGCUGUUCCCCCAACAUGGUGCUUGAAACCAUCUAUGACUACUUCACCAACAACCCAGAGAUCUCAACGCGCCACAAGUUUCGACUGUUAAAUGUCCUGGAAAGUACCAUCGAGGCCAGUGAGGUUCUGGAGGCACCUUGGGAAGAGGCCUUCACACAGCUUGCCCUGGACAACAUGACCAAGGCCACGGAGCUGGAUGAGGUCUACCAGGACGCAGCGGGCAAUGUACUGGUGGCCAUCUGCAAGCACUCGUGGCCCGGCGUAACCAGGCACCUAGAGGCGCCGGUCCUAAGCGGUGUCUUCCCGCACCGCAGCCUGCUCUACGUGCUGGGCGUGCUGUCCUCCGAAUCCCCUUUCCCGGCAGAGGAACUCUUCGACGGGGAGGAAAUGACGUGUUGGGAAGAGCGACUGAUGAAGAUGGCCGACCGCUCAGUCCAAUUCCUGCAAAGGGAAGAGUGGACCCAGGCACUGCAGAGAGCCCUCACCAAGUCUGAACGCACACACCGGGAGCAGCCCCCUGAAAAGGUCUUCCUGUUCGUCUACUACGGUCUGAUCCUUCAAGCAGCGCAAGAGGGCAGCCUUGUAAGGAACCACCUGCAGGGCCUGCUGCAGACCUCGCACCAGUGGGCCACGCAGAGGGAGGGCAUGGCGCUCACCAUGGGGCUGGCCUCUGUCGGCCACCUGUACCACGUCUGGGCCGUCCUGGAGCAGUUUGGCCAGAGCAAGCCCGUCAAGUGGAGUCUAGAUGGCCUCUCCAUGAAGAGCUCGGAGGAGCGGCACUGGAAGUGGGCCAGCUGCACCAUCCUGCUGUCCUAUGGCCAGAUGGCCGCCAAGGCCAAGACACGGAUCCUGCCAUGGGUGGACAACAUCCUGUCUCGGAUGAUCUUCUACUUCUACUACAGCACCUGGGACGACACCCUGAAGCAGAGCUUCCUCUCCUCGGUCCUCAUGCUGGUGGGUGCCAUCAGCCGUAACGAGGGAGCACAGAGCUAUGAGUUCAAGCAGCUGCCUGAGCUGCUGGACUGCCUGGCGGUCCUGAUGGAGAAGGAAGACCCAGACUCCCUAUGCACCCCAAGCCGCCAGCAGGCCCUGCACAUCAUCUCCAGACUCUGCAACUUCCGGCCAGCCCUGGACACCAAGAGGAAAUCACGGCUGCUGAGCAGCUGCCUCCGCAGUGUGCUGGCGCUUCCCCUGAUGGAUGUCCUGGAAAAGCACCUGUGUCUUUUCAUGGAGCCCCCCAAUAUCCAGUCCCUCUACAAGGACACUGUGGAGGCCCUGGACCAGAUGCUGCAGAACUUCAUCAUGCAGAACCCCACGCCUGAGGAGCUGCAUUUCCUGCUGUCGCACCUAUACAUCUGGCUGGUGUCCGAGAAGACCCACGAGCGGCAGCGCGCCGCGCUCAGCUGCCUGGCCCUCCUGAAAUUCCUGAGUCACAACUGCUUCCUGGAUCCAAAGGAGGACUUCAAACGAAUGGGACAGCUGGUGGGCAUGCUGGGCAUUCUGUGCCAGGACCCAGACAGAGCCACGAGUAGCUGCAGCCUGGAGGUUAUGGGACAUCUCUACCAGCUGCUUCUUCACCAAAGAGGCCCAAUGGCACCUGAUGGACAAGCUCCCAAAGAGAAGACAGAGGCUCCCAAGGUCAGCAGGGAGGAAGAUCUGUUAUGGAGCAGCGGGGACCAGGAUGCGGCCAGCCCUGUUCCCCAGCCUGCAGCACCCUCGAAGGCCCCCAGCAUCUCCCAGACCAUCAAGGUCAAGGCUCUGCGGGAGGUUGUAAAGCACCUCACAGUGACAGAGCUGACCGACCUCAUCUGGACAGCCAUCGACAAUCUAGACUCCAGCAGUACCUUCUGUGUGGAGGCUGCCUCCGAGAUGUUACUCACUUUCAUCCAGGAGCAUGGCACCACUCUUGAGACAGUGGCCAGCCUGGGCCAGGCCAUCCACCUGCAGCUUUGCUCCAUCCGCAUCCCCCAGGCCAAGAAAAACUGCCUGCAGGCCCUCACGGUGCUGGCCCACAGCCACACAUCCGAGCUGGUGAAUGCCUUCCUGGACUUCUCCAUCCCCCUGGACAGCCAUGCCUUGCUGUCCUGGAGGGCCCUGGGUGCUGAGCAGCCCGUGAGCUGCCAGGUGCUGAUUGAGCUGCUGGCCUGCCUGGGGGACCGGCCCCUGCACAGGAAAGCCUGCUUGCGCUCACUGGCCGCCAUGAACACGCUGCAGGAGCUGCAGUUCUCACUCGAGUUCCGGGCAGCUAUGCGGGAGUUCUUCCCGAGGCUCCUGCUGGCCCUGCUCGCCCAGACCCGCUACAUCCUGGAGCUCAACCCACAGAGAGAGGCCAUGCCCAGCCCCCUGAGAUUCCCUCCCCACAGCACAUCACUGGACACACUCAAGAGUCUGCUGACCACCACAGGGCACUGGCAGGACUUUGCCCACCUGGAGCUACAGGACACAUGGGCACUGCUGACCCAGAGGCACAGCUACGUGCAGGGCGUGGGACUGUUCGCCAGAACCAUGGUGCAGAAUCGCUGUCACCGGAUCAAGGCUGUGCUGGCCCAGCUGCUGAUCAGCAUGCACAGUCCGGAGGCACGGGAGAGAGAGGCGGCCCUGAUCUUCCUGGAGGAGUUCCUCUACAGCCCUGCCCUGCUGGAGGUGCUGCCCAAGGAGGAUGCCCAUACCCUACUCUCACAGAGCCUCCAGGACCCUAGCCCCGAGGCUCGUGUAUGGGGCCUGCAGGGGCUCAGCAACAUCAUCUUCCACCCAGAGAAGGAAAGCCUGCUCCAAGGCCAGUUGCCACACUUCCUGGAUGGCCUCUUCCAGGACAGCGAGGAGGCUGUGGUGUGUGUCAUGAGUACCAUAUCCAGGGUCCUGCACAGCCUGGGUGGCCACAGCCCCGAGCCCUUGAGCCUCCAGGUGGCCAGCAGCGCACGCUUCUUCUUCGAUGACGAGCGUGACAAGAUCCGGGCUGCAGCCAUGGCGCUAUUCGGGGACGUGGUGACCGUGACGGCGGGCAUGGUGCCGGCCUGCUUGCAUGCCCAAGUGCACCAGGGCCUGGUCCCUUUGCUCUUGCACCUGCAUGACCACAGCCCGGCCGUGGCCUCACAGGCCAAGUUCACCUUCUACCGCUGUGUCGUGCGGCUCCACUGGCCUCUCCAGCACACUCUCUUCUGCGUCCUGGCCUGGGAGUGGAAGCGGAGCCCCAGCGCCCGCCACUUCCUCUGGGCCUGCCUGAUUAAAUGUGGCCAGGAGCUGUUCCACGUGUACCUGGCGCAGGCCCUGGGCUGCCUGCACAGCCGCCACCGCCGCAUCCAGGCCUGGGCAGCCGUCCUCAUAGGUUACACCGUCUGCUACCACCCCCAGUCCAUGGUCCAGGUACUGAACCAGGAGGCCACAGACCUGCUGCUCAGAACAUUUGAAAGUCUCAAAGACGACCAGGAGCCAGGCGUGCAGGCAUUUGCAAGGGGGCAGCUGGCACUCCUGCAGAAGAUGACGGCCACGUGGCAGCCAUGA